AUGAGGAGCAAGCUGUUAUCCAGCUCGAGAAUUUCGUCUCUUUACUCCGACUUUCGGAACCUUAAAGAGUUGAAUCCAGAAGGAUAUGAAGCUAACAUCAGAAAUUGGAGGCAAGUUCUUCUUGAAGAAGUGCUGGAAGAUGAAGUUAUAGUCAAAACUGGGCCUGAACUACUUGAAGAACUGAGUGAUCCGCAGGCGGGACAGCCAAGAAGCCUCGAUGUCGUGUUGGACUUUAUGAUUGCAGAAGGAUCUUUGGUCCCAUUAGAAAAGUUCAAAUCAAGAGUCAAAGAAAGUAUUGUCUCUACGGUUCUGGGUUGGACUUUGAACACUCUGCUGCCCAAUUCUCAGCACGCUGGAAAAACUAGAAUAUCAAGUACGAAGGGCCAUUCUUAUUUGCGACGUGGACAAUACGCGGUACUACCGACUAUCAAGAAAAAGUAUGACCCAUUGCAUCUUGCGGUGUUGGAGCGGAUCUGUAAAAAAGCCGUGAGAUAUUCAGAUCUGAUCUUCACUAAGACGAGUUUUUGCCAAAAAGUGGGUUUCGCAGACCAUUUGAAAGAUUGGGCAGCGUUUGAGACCAUGCUCACGUAUAUGGACCACUACAAGGGUAUCAUAGUAACAGAUUCCACAACAGUUAAAGUGCGAGGAUUCGAAGUCAGCGGUAUAACUGCAAAAUUCGAGUCUUCGAGCAUAAAUAUCGACGACCAGAAGAUUGCAUCUGUGAAAGAAGCCCAAGUCAACUUGAAAACCCAAACCUCGCAUCUCGAAGACAGAAUCAAAGAUUCCAAACAGCAACUGCGUGUAGAUAUCAAAAGCCAAAAACCUAAAGCGCUCCUGAGAACGCGUCUGCAGAUCCAGAAGCUCUUGGAGAAAAACCUUAACUUGGCAUUUCAAAAUCUGAACAACGUUGAAAUACUACUACUGGACAUUGAGGCUGCAAUUGACAGAGUGCAAUUGAAGCAUGUUUUUGAACAGUCUAGAGACGUUUUGACGAGUCUUUCCUCGCAAUUGGGGAGCUUAAACGACCUUGAAAAGCUGGUCGAAGAUAUCAAUACUGAGAAGCUUAAAGGCGAAGAUAUUGACAGGGUUUUCGAAGCAGAGAUGGAUGAUGGGUCUGACGAGGAAAUAGAAGAAGAGCUGCAGAAAAUGGAUGCGGAAAUGAAGUUGGAGGAGCAGGUUCUCCAAAAACUAUCGAGUUUGGAGCUUUCCUCACACGAGCCACCCCAGGAGGCCGAAAAAAACGACAAGGCGACGUUGGCUGAGCAUUCACAGUCUCCGACUGAAAGCAAAGAGCACGCACAUGAAAAACAGCCUCUUUUGAUAUAA